CGGGCCGGGGGUGGUGCUGGUGCUGCGCAGGGUCGGGGUGGGUGCGGCGGAGCCGGGCCUGGGCCGAGGCCGCUCCGCUUCCUCGCAACCUACGGCCAGCAGUAGACGCCGGCUGGGAGGGGAUGGCGGUGGGCGGCGGGUGACCGCGGAGCUGAGCGCGGCGCGGCCUUUCGGCGGGGCCGGCCCGACCCGACCCGAUCAUGGGGUUCCUGCAUCAGCUCCAUCUUCUGCUCUGGAAGAACGUGACGCUGAAGCGGCGCAGCCCGUGGGUGCUGGCCUUCGAGAUCUUCAUCCCCCUGGUGCUCUUCUUCAUCCUCCUGGGGCUGCGGCAGAAGAAGCCGACCAUACCUGUGAAGGAAGUCUCUUUCUACACGGCGGCCCCGCUCACAUCAGCCGGGAUCUUGCCAAUCAUGCAGUCCCUGUGCCCCGAUGGCCAGCGCGAUGAGUUUGGCUUCCUGCAGUACUCCAACUCCACGGUGACACAGAUUCUGGAACACCUCAGCGAGGCAGUAGAGCAAAGCAGCCUCUUCGACCCGCAGCAUCCAGGACUGGAGGAGGAGCUGGAGUCGCUGCGCCGGCACCUGGAGGCCCUCAGCAGCCCUGAGCCCAGCUCCAUGGAGACCCACUUCAGCAGCCAAGCAGGGUCCAGCUUCACACUGGCAUGGGCAGCCAGAGACCAGAGUGAGCUGCGGCGCUUCCUGAUGCAGAACUUGUCCCUCCCCAACAGCACAGCUGAGCUGCUCCUGGGCUCCAGCAUUGACCUGCAGGAGGUGUACCGGCAGUUUUUUGAUUCCUUUCCUUUGGUACCUGAUGAGACCCAUGAGCGAGACCUGUGGGAUGGGUUUGGCCCCAGAAAGAAGAUGACACAGCUGGAGAAGAGUCUCCCCAGUGGCUGGAGGAGCCUUGAGGAAGGGCUGGUUCACAGGGUGCUGCGGGACCCAGUGGCAGCCCCACACCGUCCAGCACUGCUCCGCAUGCUCUCCCAGGCUCUGGGCCUCACCAGCACUGCUGUGGCACCUGCUAUCUCUGAUAGCCCCCAGGCCUUGGUCACCGAGAUGGAGAAUGUCCUCUUCACCGGGCCAGUGCUGGAGCAGCUGACAUGUGAGCAGUACCCAGGGGGACUGCACCACCUCCUGCGUGUGUCCCCCAGGCAGCAGCCACUGCUGGCAGCAUACCGGACACUGGCCUGCAAUGGCAGCCAAACCAUCCGCCAGGAGCGCUUUGCCCAGCUGGCCUCCGAACUCCAGAAGCAGCUGGACACCCCCAGGAUAGUCAGCAGGCUGAAGCUGGAGGAAGUGAACAGCACAGCCACACAGCACCGCCUCCGUGCCCUCCUCGAGGACUUGGUGGAGAUGGAGAAGGUUCUCCAGGACAUGGACAUCCUCUCAGCCCUGGCUAAGCUGCUGCCCAGGGGAGCCUGUGCCAGCAAGGCCGCGCCACCCACGGCCAACAGCACCAGCUGGGCCAGCGCCAAUGCCACAGCUGGCAAUGCCACGGCAGAGGAGGAAGAGGGCACCGGGGAGAGCCCGUCUGGCACUGACAACCCCCAGGGGCAGUUCUCAGCAUUCGUGCAGCUCUGGGCAGGGCUGCAGCCUAUCCUUUGCGGCAACAACCGGACCAUCGAGCCUGAGGCACUGAAGCAGGGCAACAUGAGCUCUCUGGGCUUCACCAGCAAGGAGCAGCGAAACUUGGGCCUCCUUGUGCAUCUGAUGACCAGCAACCCCAAAAUCCUGUAUGCACCUGUGGGCACCGAAGUUGACAAGGUCAUCCUGAAGGCCAACGAGACCUUCGCCUUUGUGGGCAACGUCACCCACUAUGCCAAGGCAUGGCUGAACAUCUCCCCUGAGAUCCGAGCCUACCUGGAGGAGGGCAGGCUGCAGAGGCGCAUCCACUGGCUCCAGCAGUUGACCGCUGACCUCCACAAGCACCCAGAGAUUCUGAAUGUCUCUGACAGUGAUGUUCUUCACAACUUUCUCAACGGCAACUUUUCCCUGCCUAAUGCCAGCAUCCUACUCCAGCAGCUGGAUACCAUUGACAAUGCUGCCUGUGGCUGGGUCCGCUUCAUGGCCAAGGUCAGUGUGGACAUUUUCAAAGGCUUCCCGGAUGAGGAGAGCAUUGUCAACUACACGCUGAACCAGGCCUAUCAGGACAAUGUCACAGUCUUUGCCAGCGUCAUCUUCCAGACCAACAGGGAUGGCUCGUUGCCUCCCCAUGUCAUGUACAAGAUCCGGCAGAAUUCCAGCUUCACAGAGAAGACCAACGAGAUCCGGCGGGCAUACUGGCGGCCUGGCCCCAACACUGGCGGCCGCUUCUACUUCCUCUACGGCUUUGUCUGGAUCCAGGACAUGAUGGAGCGUGCCCUCAUCAACACAUUUGUUGGCCACGAUGUGGUGGAGCCUGGCAACUAUGUACAGAUGUUCCCGUACCCAUGUUAUACCCGGGAUGACUUUCUCUUUGUCAUCGAGCACAUGAUGCCCCUCUGCAUGGUGAUCUCCUGGGUCUACUCAGUGGCCAUGAUGAUCCAGCACAUCGUGACAGAGAAGGAGCAUCGCCUGAAAGAGGUGAUGAAGAUGAUGGGCCUGAACAAUGCGGUGCACUGGGUGGCUUGGUUCAUCACUGGCUUUGUCCAGCUCUCCAUCUCGGUCACAGCACUCACUGCCAUUCUCAAGUACGGCAAGGUCCUGAUGCAUAGCGACGUCCUCAUCAUAUGGCUCUUCCUUGCCAUCUAUGCUGUGGCCACCAUCAUGUUCUGCUUUCUGGUGUCGGUGCUCUACUCCAAGGCCAAGCUGGCCUCUGCCUGUGGUGGCAUCAUCUACUUCCUCAGCUACGUGCCCUACAUGUAUGUGGCCAUCCGGGAGGAGGUGGCCCAUGACAAGAUCACGGCCUUUGAGAAGUGCAUUGCGUCCCUCAUGUCCACCACUGCCUUUGGAUUGGGCUCCAAGUACUUUGCGCUGUAUGAGGUGGCUGGCGUGGGUAUCCAGUGGCACACCUUCAGCCAGUCACCUGUGGAAGGAGAUGACUUCAACCUCCUGCUGUCUAUGAUGAUGCUGGUCGUGGAUGCCAUGGUGUAUGGGGUGCUCACGUGGUACAUUGAGGCCGUGCACCCGGGCAUGUUCGGCCUGCCACGGCCCUGGUACUUCCCUUUUCAGAAGUCUUACUGGCUGGGCAAUGGGCGCGUGGAGACCUGGGAGUGGACCUGGCCAUGGUCACGCAACACCCGCCUCAGCAUCAUGGAGGAGGAUCAGGCCUGUGCCAUGGAGAGCCGGAGGCUGGCAGAGGAGACAAGGGGCAUCGAAGAGGAGCCAACCCACCUCCCCCUGGUCGUCUGCAUUGACAAGCUCACCAAAGUCUACAAGACAGACAAGAAGCUGGCGCUAAACAAGCUGAGCCUCAACCUCUACGAGAACCAGGUUGUGUCCUUCCUAGGGCACAAUGGUGCAGGCAAGACCACCACCAUGUCCAUUCUCACUGGCUUGUUCCCUCCAACAUCGGGCUCUGCUACCAUCUAUGGCCACGAUAUCCGUACAGAGAUGGACAAGAUCCGGAAGAACCUGGGCAUGUGUCCCCAGCAUAACGUGCUCUUUGACAGGCUGACGGUGGAGGAACAUCUCUGGUUCUACUCACAGCUCAAGAGCAUGGCAGAGGAGGAGAUCCGCAAGGAGAUGGACAAGAUGAUUGAAGAUCUGGAACUCUCCAAUAAACGGCACUGCCAAGUGCAGACUCUCUCGGGUGGCAUGAAGAGGAAGCUGUCGGUGGCCAUUGCCUUUGUGGGUGGGUCGCGAGCUGUUAUCUUGGAUGAGCCCACAGCUGGUGUGGACCCGUAUGCCCGAAGGGCCAUCUGGGACCUCAUCCUCAAGUACAAGCCAGGGAGGACCAUCUUGCUCUCCACACACCAUAUGGAUGAGGCUGACCUGCUGGGGGACCGCAUUGCCAUCAUCUCCCAUGGCAAGCUCAAGUGCUGUGGUUCUCCGUUGUUCCUCAAGAGCACCUAUGGUGAUGGCUACAAGCUGACAGUGGUGAAGAAGCAGUCAGACACCAGGAAUGGCACAGAGCCAGGCCACAGCCCCCUGAGCCACUCCUCUGUCAGCCCCUGCUCUGAGCCUCGUGUCUCCCAGUUCAUCAAGAAGUAUGUGGCCUCCUGCCUCCUCAUCUCAGACACCAACACAGAGCUCUCCUACAUCCUGCCCAGUGAGGCUGUCAAGAAGGGCUGCUUUGAGAGGCUCUUCCAGCACUUGGAGCAGAGCCUGGAAGAGCUGGACCUCACCAGUUUUGGGCUGAUGGACACCACGCUGGAGGAGGUCUUCCUGAAGGUGUCUGAGGAGGAUCAGUCUCUGGAGAACAGUGACGUGGACGUGAAGGAGUCCAAGGAUGCCCUGCAGCCACCUGCCUCUGAGCUGGGCCCAAAGUCUGAAGCCAAUGGGGAGCUCCUGGCUGAAGCAGCCAUGCCAGAGAAGCCCGAGGUGGAGCUCAGCAACCUGGUGACCUGCUCCAAGCUGGCGCAGUCGCAGGCAUCCCUGCGCUCAGCGUCCUCGGUGGGCUCCGUGCGUGGCGAUGAAGGUGGGGCUUAUUCUGAAUUCUUUGGGGAUUACGUGCCCCUGUUCGAUAACCGGCAGGACCCCGAUAACAUCAGUCUGCAAGAGCAAGAAGCAGAUGUGGAAGCAGAGGAUCGUGACCUGGCAGGUCGGGGAAGCUUCAAGCUGGAAGGCUCGUGGCUGAAGCUGCGCCAAUUCCAUGGGCUGAUCGUCAAACGCUUCCACUGCGCCAAGCGCAACACCAAGGCCCUCUUCUCGCAGAUCCUCCUGCCUGCCUUUUUUGUCUGCGUGGCCAUGACAGUGGCGCUCUCCGUGCCCGAAAUAGGUGACCUCCCACCCCUCAUCCUCUCGCCAUCCCAGUACCACAACUACACUCAGCCCAAGGGUAACUUCAUUCCUUACGCCAACGAGGAGCGGCAUGAGUACCGCAUUAGGCUGUCUCCUGAUGCCAGCCCUCAGCAGCUGGUGAACACUUUCCAUCUGCCUUCUGGUGUGGGGGCCACCUGCGUGCUCAAGACACCCUUUAACAACACGCUGGACCAGCCCAUGCAGACCCUCAACCUCAAUAGCAAUGAGUCCAAAAUGCUGGCAGCCAAGUACUUUGAUGCCAUGUGCAUUGACUCCUUCACCCAGGGCCUUCCGCUUUCCAACUUUGUGCCACCACCUCCGUCCCCGGCUCCCUCUGACUACCCCAUGUCAGUGGAUGAGGACCUGCUCCAUGCCUGGAACUCCACAACCUUCUCCACCCUUAAAGGGACAGUGACCUCAGCCCCUGCCCUGCCCCGCAUCAUCCAUGAGCCCAUCAAGUGCACGUGCUCCAUGCAGGGGACUGGCUUCUCCUGCCCUAGUGGCGUGGGGGGCCAUCCUCCACAGAUGAAGGUAGUGACAGGGGACAUCCUGACAGACAUCACAGGGCGCAACGUCUCUGAGUAUCUGCUCUACACCUCGGACCGCUUCCGGCUGCACAGAUAUGGGGCACUCACGUUUGGAAACGUCCAGAAAUCCAUCCCAGCCUCCUUCGGAGCCAGAGCUCCAGCCACAGUGCGCAAGAUUGCUGUGCGGAGAACGGCCCAGGUCUUCUACAACAAUAAGGGCUACCACAGCAUGCCCACUUACCUCAAUGCCCUCAACAACGCCAUCCUGAGAGCCAACCUGCCCAAGAGCAAGGGCAACCCUGCUGCCUAUGGCAUCACAGUCACCAAUCACCCCAUGAACAAAACGAGUGCCAGCCUGUCCCUGGAUUACCUCCUGCAAGGCACAGAUGUGGUGAUUGCCAUCUUCAUCAUUGUGGCCAUGUCCUUCGUCCCAGCCAGCUUUGUGGUAUUCCUGGUGGCUGAAAAGGCCACCAAGGCCAAACACUUGCAGUUUGUGAGUGGCUGUGACCCCGUCAUCUACUGGUUGGCCAACUACAUGUGGGACAUGCUAAACUACCUGGUGCCAGCCACGUGCUGCAUCAUCAUCCUGUUCGUGUUUGACCUCCCAGCAUAUACUUCUCCCACCAACUUCCCUGCUGUCCUCUCCCUCUUCCUGCUCUAUGGCUGGUCCAUCACCCCUAUCAUGUACCCAGCAUCCUUCUGGUUUGAGGUGCCCAGCUCUGCUUACGUCUUCCUCAUCGUCAUCAAUCUCUUCAUUGGCAUCACAGCCACUGUCGCCACGUUUCUGCUGCAGCUCUUUGAGCACGACAAGGACCUGAAGGUGGUGAACAGCUACCUGAAGAGCUGCUUCCUCGUGUUUCCUAACUACAACCUGGGCCAUGGCCUGAUGGAGAUGGCCUACAAUGAAUACAUCAAUGAAUACUAUGCCAAGAUUGGGCAGUUUGAUAAAAUGAAAUCACCCUUCGAAUGGGACAUCGUGACACGGGGGCUUGUUGCCAUGACAAUUGAAGGCUUUGUUGGCUUCUUCAUCACCAUCAUGUGCCAGUACAAUUUCUUCCGGAAGCCCCAGCGACUGCCCGUCUCCACCAAACCCAUUGAGGAUGACAUUGAUGUGGCCAAUGAGAGGCACCGGGUCCUGCGUGGUGACGCUGACAAUGACAUGCUAAAGAUCGAGAACCUCACGAAGGUGUACAAGUCCCGCAAGAUUGGGCGCAUCCUGGCUGUGGACCGGCUGUGUGUGGGUGUGCGCCCCGGGGAGUGCUUUGGGCUGCUGGGUGUCAACGGUGCAGGCAAGACCACAACAUUCAAGAUGCUGACAGGGGAUGAGAGCACCACAGGUGGAGAGGCCUUCAUUAACGGACACAGCAUCCUGAAGGAGCUCCUGCAGGUCCAGCAGAGCUUGGGCUACUGCCCCCAGUUCGACGCGCUCUUUGAUGAGCUGACGGCCCAGGAGCAUCUGGAGCUCUACACCCGCCUGCGUGGCAUCCCAUGGAAGGAUGAGGAGCGGGUGGUCAAGUGGGCACUGAAGAAGCUGGAGUUGACCAAGUACGCAGACAAGCCUGCCAGCACCUACAGUGGGGGCAACAAGAGGAAGCUAUCCACAGCCAUUGCGCUCAUUGGAUACCCAGCCUUCAUCUUCCUGGACGAGCCAACCACAGGGAUGGACCCCAAGGCACGGCGCUUCCUCUGGAACCUCAUCCUGGACGUCAUCAAAACGGGUCGCUCCGUGGUGCUCACAUCUCACAGCAUGGAGGAGUGUGAGGCCCUCUGCACCCGUCUGGCCAUUAUGGUGAAUGGGCGGCUCAAGUGUCUCGGCAGCAUUCAGCACCUGAAGAACAGGUUCGGUGAUGGCUACAUGAUCACAGUGCGCACCAAGUCCAGCCUCAAUGUCAAGGAGGUGGUGAGGUUCUUCAACCGUAACUUCCCUGAGGCUGUCCUCAAGGAGCGUCAUCACACCAAGGCCCAGUACCAGCUGAAGUCAGACCAGAUCUCACUGGCACAGGUCUUCAGCAAGAUGGAGCAGGUGGUGGAUGUGCUGGGCAUUGAAGACUACUCUGUCAGCCAAACCACACUGGACAAUGUGUUUGUGAAUUUUGCCAAGAAGCAAAGUGACAACCUGGAGCAGCAGGAGACCAGCCCCAGCUGUGUCCUGCAGUCACCCCUGGAGCGUGUGCUGAGCCUGCUGCGCCCCCGCGCUGCCCCCACUGAGCUGCGGGCCCUCGUGGUGGAGGAGCAGGAGGACCUGGAGACUGAUGAUGAAGGCCUCAUCAGCUUUGAGGAGGAGAGGGCUCAGCUCUCCUUCAACACGGACACGCUGUGCUGAGACUCUGGGGACCACCAAGUUGUCAAGCCACCAAACCCUUUUGGCCUCUCCCCUCCCUUUGCCCCGUGGAGCGGAGUUGCCACAGCUGGAGCCACAUGCCAGGGAGGACACAGUGGGUACAGCAAUGCCUGGAUGGACCUCGGAAGCCACCAUCUGGAGCAGCAUCACCACGUGGUAUGGGGAGCAUGGUCCUCAACAUGCCAUGGAUGGAGACUCUGAAGGAAAGGACAUGGCUUGGUGCCAGCACUGCCAGCCCCACUCACUUUGGGGCAGAGACACACAGGCCUGUGAGCGGUGCCUUUGGACACCCAUGUUGCACUCAUUCUGGGGACCCUUGGCUGGGGGUACCUCCCCAGGCCUGGCCCCGUGGAGCUAGAAGAGGGAUGGCCGCUUCCACAUCACCCCUGGCUGAUGCUGCCCUGGGCACCACUGGGCAGAUGCUCUGGUCCUUCACCCAUAACCGAUUUCUGUCACCAGUGGGAUGUCACUGGGAGUCUUGGCCUCACUGGGGGUCAUCCUGCCCACCCUGGGGUCUGUUCGCCCUGGCCCUGUCUGGCCUUGGGCACUGGCUUUGUCCCCAGGCAGCAGUGCUGUGCAGAGGCACGUGGCAGCCUAGAGGGGUAUUUCACAGGGUAUUUCACAUGCUGGCACCAGCUGUUUCUCCCCUCUGCCCCUAAUCAUGUCACUCACCCUCAAGUCUCUGAUCCUGCCUCCUGCCUGCCCUCACCACUUGCUUCCCCUAUCACAUGGCAUUGCUGCAGCUCUGCCACCUUUCUGCUGUGUCCCUUUCCACUUUACUUUUGCCCUGACACUUGUUCCUCAGUGUUCAGCUCUGUCCAGGAACCAGCUGCACUAGGUUCUUGUUGUUGGGUCACUGGUGGUACUGGGUGAGGGGUUGCAGCACCCCAGCUUGGCUUUGGAAGCUGGUGGUGGGGUGGCCUUAAGGUACGAGGUCGGGACAGUCCGAGUGGGUGCCAGCAGCUGGCAGUGGUGCCUGGGGUGGUGGGGAGGGAAGGAUGGACUGCAGUAGUGGGACUGGCAGUGUCACUGGCCAGCAGCAGGCAUCCCUUCAAUCAGCAGUGCCCCUCCUUUUUGCAGAGGGUCUUGCUGCCUUGUCACCCACAGGGACUAUGGCUGGUGCCUGCAGCUCUCAACAAGUUGCAGCUGUGCUCAGAGGUGGGCCUGUGAUGAUGGCUGACUUGCCCCGCCACUGCUGGGUGCCAGUCUUUGGCAACCCCCCCAGGGUGGCUAUGCACCUUCUUGGGGAGCAGCCAUGGUCUGUCUGCCCUGUGUGCUCUGAUGCCCUCUCUGCCUUCCUGGCACAGGCUUGGCUGGAGGCCCUGAGCAGCUCCAGGCACCUCAGCUGGCUGCUAUGGGAGGUAGGAAGAGGCUGGCUCUGGCCCCACUUGGGCACAGGAACAGGGCCUGACCUCAGCUGUCCCCAUGCCCCCUGGUCCUAUCAGGCCCAUAUACCACCUGCUAUGGAUUGUGAUACAAUAUACAGUAUUUUCAAUAGGGGGAAAACUGGGAGAAGAAGCUCUAUUUUCAGAUUUUUCAGACCUUUUUUUUUUUUUUUUUUUUUUUUUUUUUUUUUUUUUUUUUUUUUAAUGGCAUAUGGGAAACUGGCUGGAUCUGGGAUGGGUUGGAGGGCACGGGGGGCAGCCCCCACCAGCGUGCCCCUGCUUCUGUGCUGGCCACACUCUGCCUUCCCCAGGGGAUGCUGGGGGACAAGCCAGCUCAACGUUUGCCAUUUGCCAUCAGGGGGGAUAGUGUUAUCUCUGAGUCCUCAGGGUGGUGGCACCCUGGGGCACUCCAGGAUGGGCAGUGCUGUUGUGCUCUGGGCUUUAUCCUUGCCCCAUACCUGCCACACUACACUCUUGUUCCAGGUUCCAGAAGGGCACUGGCACCCCAGUCACAGAGCGUCUUCCCUGUCCACCCAGUCUUCCCCCUGCCACCAUGCCAUCAUUUGCAUGGCUUCUGAGGGUCAGUGGAGGUGCCCAUACAGCCUGGGUGGCCAUGGCGGCCUACCUGCCAUGGGCUUAGUGCUGCCUGGGCACAGUCACUGUGCUAGAGUCAGUCCAAGGGUGGAGAGGGAAGGUAGCACCCUAGGGCAGGGGUGGCUGCUGCCUUAACACUGUUCACGUCAUUGAGUUUGGCCCUGCUUCCAGCCUUGCCUCCCCCUCCACGUCCUUGGCCACCAGCCGUGGGCAUGGUGCCAGUGCCAUGCUCAGCCCUGGGCGUGGGGUCCCUGGGGGUGGGGACAUCUUGGAGCUGCCUGUAUAUUGCUACCAAACAAAAAGAUGAAAUGUGAAAAUAAUGAUUGUUUUAAAUAAAAAAUAAUAACUGAAUCCA